GAUAACAACCCCUUAUCCCCACCCUUUAUCCCCGCAACUUCUGGCUGCAGCAGGAAUGGCUUCUGCAGUAGCAGCAGCAGUAAUGGCAGCAGCUUCUCCGCUCCCCAUCCCUCCCAACCCCCACUCCAAACCCACCACAAUUACCUCCUCUUCCCACUCCUUGCGGCCUCCUCCUCCUCUCAAUCGACCCAAGAAGCAGAAGCAGAAACAGAAGCAGAAGCCCUCAAUUGCGGAGAUCGAGAGGGCCAUCGGCGUCGGCACUGACCCGGCCUCAUCUUCUUCAUUGUCGUCAUCAUCUUCGUCGUCGUCGUCGUCCUUUAUGGAGUUCUUGGCGUCGACGCCGAUCGGGCAGGCCGAGAGCCCCGCCGAGCGGAAGCUCCGCGAGGCCGCCGAGUGGCUCGUCGACCGCACCGAGGCGCACGCUAGCAAUGGUAUGUAACUUCUUCUUCUUCUUCCUUUUUAACUUUUUAAUAUGGAUGAAGAAUCAUGGAUUUAAGGGAAAGGGAAAGAUUCUAUUUGUAAAGGCGAAUUUUAGGUUAAAUAGACUUUCCAGUAAACUGGAGUUCAAGUAGAAAAUUACUCUUCUUCUUCUGCUGUUUGUUUGUAUAGCCGUAGAACUGAAGUUUUUUCAGUUUCUUGUUUGUAUGGUAAAUGGAUUAAUA